AAUCUCUUUCUUAUAAGGGCACCAGAGAUAGUGGAUUAAGGUCCACCCUAAUGAUAUCAUUUUAAUUUAAUUAAAAGUAUUUAGGGUCUUUAAAGACCCUAUCUCCAAAUACAGUCACAUUCUGAGGUCCUGGGGUUUAGGAUUUCCAUUGAAUUUUGGGGAAUCAAUCCAGCACACAACAGAUAGGAGCAGCUUCUUGCUUCAUGCUAGCCUCAGGGGUACUGUGCCAUCCUGAGUUUUCCUAAAACUGGCCCACACCUUUGUAAAAGUUAUUAAUUCUACUCAACUGCCCAAUUUGAGUGUACCACCUGCUUCCUGUCAAAAUUCUGAUACAUAGGGGUUUCCAAAAUGGCAAUUAAAAAGGGGACCUCUAUCUCAAAAUGGUUGGGAACCAUUAUGUAUCUGGGAGAAAUUCUGCUUUCAGAUUUAAGCAUGAAAACUAGUAUCUCACCAACUGCUUUUCUAGUCUCAAUAUUUUAUUCAAGAGACCAAGAGAAUUCUCUAUUCCCAUUUCAAAAACAAGUCAUAUUUUUACGUGGGAUAACAGGAGGCAUAUAUGUAUAUCAGCGCCGCUAACAGGAGGCAUAUGGUGGUGUUACUGAGCAUUACCAAGUCCACUUCCAGCUUUCAAAAUGAGUAAGGCACUUCCCUACCCAGGCCCCAGAGAUCCUUUCCACAUUCCCCUGUCACUCCCAGAGGACCUUGCUGCCUCUGGAGCCUAGAACAUUCACCCUCUCCCAGUGCUGGAAUCCCUGGCUGAGAGCUGCCAUUGGGUACAGCUCCCACCCAUAAGGGAUACUCCUUCCUCAGGUGAAUAUUAAUUUCCUUUCUUUGUUCUGAACCUAUGUGUGGACAUUUUAUUUCUUCAAAUUCUCUGUACCUCUUUGAUCUGAGGACAGAUAUUAAAUGAUUGACUCACUAAUGCAAUCAUGACAUUCAUAAAAGCCCACUAUGCACACACCGCCCCGGCUCAGGGUGUGUGUGUGCGCAGUGAAGAGGGGGUACAGAGAUAAGUCUUCUCCCAAGUUUUCAUGCCAGAUGAUCAAGGGAGGUCACAAUGCCUCCUGCGUGUGGCUAUUGAUAUGUGCAGUGCUCAAGCCAGCUCCCUUCCCUAAGCUUACGCUCUCUUUGGACUUCACGGUUAAUUCUAAGUAUUUACAUUCCCACAGCCAACUCGAAUACCUCUCUCUCUCCUUCUGGAAACACGUCUUUUAUCCUUAUAACCGCCUUACUAGAGAGGCAUUUUCUCCAGAAGUAAAGUGAUGGUCCCAAAUCACACAGCUGGUCAAAAUCCGAGAUGUCACUAACACCCCGCUUAAGAAAGGGGGGGGGGCUGCACCCUACUGUCAAACCAUGUGGCCUUCCCACCUUUCCAAAGCAACCCAGCAGCCCAGCGCAUGCGCCGUAGGCCCCACCCACGCAAGCCCGUCGGGUCACUGUUGGGGGCGGCGCUUACGGCGGGCCCGACACGCAUGCGUCCUGGCUGUUCCCAGUCGAAGUUCGCUGCUGGCUGUAGCGCUGUGGUGUCUACGGGGUGGCGCUUACGGCAGGUCCAAGACGCAGGCGCCGCGGCUUCUCCCAGCCGAAGUUCUCAGCUGCUGGCUGUGGCGCUAGUGUCUACAUUUCCGUACUGGCGGCCGCGUACCCCUGGGUUUCCUCCAAAUCAUUAUCCGUACGGUAGCCCAAGUGAUGUUUUACAAACAUCAGUUGGGCCAUGCCACCAUUAUUACCGUGUUCAAGACUCUUCAAAGACAUUACGGUUGCAAGUCCAAGCUGUGUUUUCCCAGGCUGUGUGUGAUCUGGUCCUUGCCAAUCUCGCCUCUUCACUUAUGGCCCUCCCCUUCAGAUAGUCUGUAGAGGAUGCCAAAUGAGAAACUCCCCCACUCAAGUCAAACUCAGGAGCAACAUUUACAGAGUCAGUAUGUUGGUCACAGUGAAGAAGCGACAGUGAAAGAAGAAAAUUCUGGCAGUGUGGGCAUGGAGGACAGCCUCCCCUCUUGUUCUGCUCAUGGACCACCCACUUCCACCAAGGGGUGUCCACCGGAAGCUCUGAGGAGAGUACCUUCCCUGCUGCACAUCAGCAGACGUCAGAUUCAGACAGUGGAGCUGAGUGCGCAGGCGCUUGAACUGCAGGGGUUGGAUGUGGACGUCUAUGACCAGGAUGUGCUGGAGCAGGAGGUGCUUCAGCAGGUGGGUAGUGCCAUCCAUGAAGUCAGCCGUGCUGCCCAGCUCGCCGACGCGGAGAAGGAGUAUCAGUCAGUCCUGGAUGACCUCACGUCAUGUACAACAUCCCUAAGGCAAAUCAAUAAAAUUAUUGAACAACUUAGUCCUCAAGCUGCCACCAGCAGAGACAUCAGCAGGAAACUAGAUUCUGUAAAACGGCAGAAGUAUAAUAAGGAGCAGCAGCUAAAGAAGAUCACAGCAAAACAAAAACGUCUGCAGGCCAUCCUCGGAGGAGUGGAGGUAAAAGUUGAACUAGAUCACGCCAGCCUGGAGGAGGAUGCAGAAGCGGGGCCGUCCUGCCUUGGCAGCAUGCUCAUGCCUGUUCAGGAGGCUGCUUGGGAAGAGCUCAUCCGCACUGGCCAGAUGACACCUUUUGGGACCCAGAUCCCUCAGAAGCAGGAGAACAAGCCUAGAAAACUAAUGCUCAAUGAAGUGUCAGGCUUCGAAAAGUAUUUGGCAGAUCAAGCAAAAUGGUCUUUUGAAAGGAAAAAGCAAGCUUGUAACAAAAGGGCAGCUAGAAAAACUCCAGCCUCGGUGACUUCUGAGCUCAGUCCAAUGCUCAAUGAAAACAAACCAAACCAGAGAAGCAAAGUUCCCUCAAAAACAGAUAAGCGCUUAAAAAAGCACAUCAAGAAGCUCCAGAAGAGAGCUCUUCAGCUCCAGGGGAAAGUGGGAUUGCGGAAGGGAAAGAAGCCCUUGGAGUCUGAUGUGAGGCGACAGGCUGAAGCAGACUCGGAGAGUGAAGAGUCUGAGUAUUUUCCCACCGAGGAAGAGGAGCGGGAGGUGGCGGAGGCUGACCUGUCAGAUGGCACUGACUCGGAACGGUGGAAGUGGCAGAAGAAAGUCAAAGUGCAAGAUAUUGAUGAUGACUUUUUUCCAAGUUCUGGGGAAGAAGCUGAAGCCACCACAGGAGGAAGAGGCGGUCGGAAAGUAGUGAGAUGCCGAGACGAUGGAGACGAAGAUUAUUUCAAGCAGCGGUUAAGGAGAUGGAAUAAACUGAGACUGCAGGACAAAGAGAAGAGUUUGAAGCUUGAAGAUGAUUCUGAGGAAAGUGAUGCUGAAUUUGAUGAAGGUUUUAAAAUACCGGGUUUUCUUUUCAAAAAGCUUUUUAAGUACCAGCAGACAGGUGUUAGGUGGCUGUGGGAAUUGCACUGCCAGCAGGCAGGAGGAAUUCUGGGAGAUGAAAUGGGAUUGGGCAAGACCAUCCAGAUAAUUGCCUUCUUGGCAGGUCUGAGCUACAGCAAGAUCAGGACUCGUGGUUCAAAUUACAGGUUCGAGGGGUUGGGUCCAACUCUAAUUGUCUGUCCAACAACAGUGAUGCAUCAGUGGGUAAAGGAAUUUCACACGUGGUGGCCUCCUUUCCGAGUGGCAGUUCUACACGAAACUGGCUCCUAUACCCACAAAAAGGAGAAACUAAUUCGAGAUAUUGCUCAUUGUCAUGGAAUUUUGAUCACUUCCUACUCCUACAUUCGCUUGAUGCAGGAUGAUAUUAGCAGGCAUGACUGGCACUAUGUGAUCUUGGAUGAAGGACACAAAAUCCGAAACCCAAAUGCUGCCAUCACCCUUGCUUGCAAACAGUUCCGCACCCCUCAUCGCAUCAUCUUGUCUGGCUCACCGAUGCAAAAUAACCUCCGUGAGCUGUGGUCGCUCUUUGACUUUAUCUUCCCAGGAAAGUUGGGCACAUUGCCCGUGUUUAUGGAGCAGUUCUCAGUCCCCAUCACCAUGGGGGGAUAUUCAAAUGCCUCCCCAGUACAGGUUAAAACUGCUUAUAAGUGUGCAUGUGUCUUACGAGAUACCAUAAAUCCAUACCUACUGCGGAGAAUGAAGUCAGAUGUCAAAAUGUGUCUUUCUUUGCCGGAUAAAAAUGAACAGGUCUUAUUUUGCCGUCUUACAGAUGAGCAACAUAAAGUCUACCAAAAUUUCAUCGAUUCCAAAGAAGUUUACAGAAUUCUCAAUGGAGAGCUGCAGAUUUUCCCUGGACUUAUAGCCCUAAGAAAAAUCUGCAACCACCCAGAUCUCUUUUCUGGAGGCCCCAAGAAUCUCAAAGGUAUUCCAGAUGAGCUAGAAGACAACCAGUUUGGGUACUGGAAACGUUCUGGGAAAAUGAUAGUUGUUGAGUCCUUGCUGAAGAUAUGGCACAAGCAGGGUCAGCGAGUGUUGCUGUUUUCUCAGUCAAGGCAGAUGUUGGACAUACUCGAAGUAUUCCUUAGAGCCCAAAAGUAUUCCUAUCUCAAAAUGGAUGGUACGACCACAAUAGCUUCAAGACAACCACUGAUUACAAGAUAUAAUGAGGACACAUCCAUAUUUGUGUUUCUUCUCACCACUCGGGUGGGUGGCCUAGGAGUCAACCUGACGGGAGCAAACAGAGUCAUCAUCUACGACCCCGACUGGAACCCAAGCACAGACACACAGGCCCGGGAGCGAGCGUGGAGGAUAGGCCAGAAGAAGCAGGUGACGGUGUACAGGCUUCUGACUGCAGGCACCAUUGAAGAAAAGAUUUACCACCGACAAAUCUUCAAGCAGUUUUUGACAAAUAGAGUGCUCAAAGAUCCAAAGCAAAAACGAUUUUUCAAGUCCAAUGAUCUUUAUGAGCUGUUUACUCUGACCAGUCCUGAUGCAUCCCAGAGCACUGAAACAAGUGCUAUUUUUGCAGGAACUGGUUCAGAUGUUCAGAAACCCAAACGCCAUUUAAAAAGAAAACUUCAGCCAGCCCUUGGUACAGACCAUAAUGUUCCAGUAUGCAAAAUGUUCCCUGAUUCUAAUGCUUAUACAAAUGAUGCCACAUCAUCUGAAGAGAUAUCUACAGCUAUAGGAACUGACGUAAAUGCAGUAACUUCUAAUCAAGGUGACCCUUUGAGAGAUGCCCCUCAAACACCUAGUUCUCCAGUUAGCAUUGUUAAACUUGGUGAAGAGACACAUGUUGUGUCUAGACAAGAGGACUCAUCCGUGCUGAGUGGGAAUGGGGAGUGCUCAGAUUCUCCAGGAAUCAGCAAAAUGUGCAGGACAUCUGGUGAGGAAACCAUCGAUGAAAAGAAAAGUUUUUCUGAUAAAAGGGAAAGCUGCCAAGUUCAAAUGGAACCCCUUUGGGGAAAUGAACAAGUUGAAAAUAACUUUUAUAAGCACAAGUCAAAAACAAAACACAAUGAGGCAGAAGAAGAGACCCAGGGGAAACAUCUGAGGCCAAAGCAAAAGCCUAAGAACUCUAAGCAUCGCCGAGAUGCCAAGUUUGAAGGAACUCGAAUCCCACACCUGGUGAAGAAAAGGCAGUACCAGAAGCAAGACAAUGAAAACGAGAGUGAGAACAAGGAACAGAACAAUGAUGAUUAUGUUUUAGAAAAGCUUUUCAAAAAAUCAGUUGGCGUGCACAGUGUCAUGAAGCACGACGCCAUCGUGGAUGGAGCCAGUCCCGAUUACGUACUCGUGGAGGCGGAGGCUAGCCGCGUGGCCCAGGAGGCCCUGAAAGCACUAAGACUGUCUCGUCAGCGGUGCCUGGGAGCGGUGUCUGGGGUGCCCACCUGGACUGGCCAUAGGGGCGUUUCUGGUGCACCAGUGAGAAUGAAGAGUAGAUUUGGUCAGAAAAGGAAUUCCAGCUUCUCUGAACAGCAGCCUUCAACGUCUUCAAAGGAGAAAUGCCAGGAUGGCACCAUGAAAAAGGAUGGAAAAGAGAAUGUUUCGGAGCAUUUUAGUGGAGGAGUGGAAGAUCAAGAGUCCUUGUCCGGGGCCCUCCCAUCAUCCUCACUGUUGGCUAAAAUGAGAGCGAGAAACCACCUGAUUUUGCCGGAGCGCUUAGAAAGUGAAAGCGUGCAGAGUCAGGCCUCUGUCCCGCUGUCCGCCACCACGGAGCAUGACACCCUGUUGGUAGAGAUGAGAAACUUCAUUGCUUUUCAGGCCCAGGUGGAUGGCCAGGCCAGCACACGGGAGAUCCUGCAGGAGUUUGAGGGCAGGUUGUCAGCUUCACAGGCCUGUGUCUUUCGAGAGCUACUGAGAAGUCUCUGCACUUUUCACAGAACUUCUGGCGGUGAAGGGAUUUGGAAGCUCAAGCCAGAGUACUGCUGAUCAGCACUGAUUUCUAAACUUUUACUUGACUUUUUAAUGGAAACUUCUGAUUAUUAACCUGUGCUUAAUAAUCAUGUUUGUCUACAGGUCAGUUAUAUUUGGUAUUUACUUUGAAUGAUAAUCUACCUCAUAAUUAAAACUUGAAGGAAGAAGAAAUUCUUUGAAACUUAAAAGUUUUAAAAAGACUUGGGUUAGUUUUUUUUGGUACUUUGAAUUAUGUUAUAAAAUCUGGGGCCUAACAGUUAAUCCUUGGAACACAUUUGUUUCUUUCCCCAAAAGAUGUUGUCGGAUCACAUUGCUGCUCCAUUUGCCACCCCAAAAAGCUCAGAUUUGUUAUCUUGAAUCAUAUUCAUUGUUUUUAACAAUCUUUUAAGGUACUGUUAAAUUUGCAGGUGUUUUUGUUAGGAAGCGUGAAAUAGCUUGGUAAUAAAUGAUAAGACGUGUUUGCAGGAAGUUGUAGUGUACUAAAUUUACACUGGCUUUACUUUAAGCAAAGGGUAGCGUUUUCCCCCCUACAGUGACUUGGUUUUAGGAAAAUGAAAUGUGGUAUCUUAAACAACAAAAAAACAUAAGCAGAA